AUGCUGCCCGACAACACGACCCAGACCCCAGAGCCACCGCCCACAUCCAACGCUUCUUCAUCAACCAUUACCUCCCUCAACUUCCAGCAAGGCUCGCAAUGGGGCCCCAGCGGUAUCGGCACGGUAGUUUUCGGCUGUGUUGCUUCGGUUCUCGGAAUCCUUGCACUAUGGAUGAUGUUCUGGCUUUGGCAGAGGGAACCUGCUCAUGCCGUAAGACCUGAUGAGAACAUGGAUUCACAACAUCGGCACGCAGACGCAGCGGCCUCGGAUGACGACGUGGCCCUUGGAUAUCUGCCUCAUGAUGGAGAUGCGGACCCUGACGCGACGGAAGGGCAUCGGAGGGAUGCGGGGGUUGACACGGAAGCAUGA